GCAGGUUUUAACUGACACUUUGAAAGGUCUCAUUAUAUUCUGUAAACCCCCAAGUGAAAAUCUUUUACUGAGAGCUUGACGAUCAAAUCAAAUGCACAUAUUUACAACAACUCACCCACUGAAGCACCUGGGAAGCAGGAGACCUCAAAGAAAGUCUUAGACAGACCCGAUUAAAAUAAUACAAAGACGUGACUGAAUGAUUUACAGCUUCCUGACACAAUAACACAGUCAUUUGCAGUGAUUAUAGGAAACAUGAGUGACGACACAGUUCUUCUGAUUCCAGACGAUGAUUGUAAUUCAUUAGGAAGGACAGAGGGCAUUUAUUGGACAUCAAUUAAUCGAUCUCAUCAGGACUUGGACGCUCGAAGCAGGAAACAUGCCAGGACUAUAGUAAAUUCAUCUGAAUGUAGGAUUGUUUUGUUGGGAAAAACGGGAUCAGGCAAGAGUUCAACAGGAAACACUAUACUGGGCAAUGACAAAUUUGAAUCCCUAAGACUUUCUACAAAUGGAGUGACUAAAACCUGUCAGAAAGAAGAAGUGAAGGUGGAUGAGAAGAAAGUUUCAGUAAUUGACACUCCAGGAAUAUUUGAUCGUUUAAUCAGUGAAGAAGAUCUGGUGUCUGAGAUUGAGAAUUGUGUUGACUUGUCUGUUCCUGGUCCUCAUGUGUUUCUGAUGGUCAUCAGACUGGAUGUGAGAAUCACAGAUGAGGAGAUAAACACAGUGAAAUGGAUUCAGGAGAAAUUUGGUGAAGAUGCUGCUCAUUACACCAUCGUUCUGUUCACUCACGCUGAUGAACUAGAUGGAAAGUCAUUAUCUGAGCAUUUGAGAGAUAAUAAUGAUCUACAGCCACUUGUUAAUAAUUGUGGAGGCAGAUGUCACUCAUUCAACAAUAGAGACAAGACAAACCGCUCUCAGGUCACCGAACUGCUGAAGAAGAUUGAGGAGAUGGUGAAAGAGAAUGGAGGUAAUCACUACACGAAUGAGAUGUUCCAGGAGGCUCAAAGGAAGAUCCAAAUACAGAUGUUUUGGUCACAGACACCUAGGAUUGUGCUGCUGGGUAAGAGUGGAUCAGGAAAAACUGCUUCAAGAAAAAACAUUCUGGGAGAAGAGUGUCAUUCACCAAAUCCAGCUACUAAAACCUGUGAACAACAUGAAACAGAAGUGGAUGGAAAAAAGAUGAAAAUAAUUGACACUCCAGAGCUGUUUGAAACAUCAAAAGUGAUGUUGAAUAUGAAGAUCCUAAAUUCUGCAAUAAAGAAACUGUUCUGCAUGUCUGAUCCUGCUCCUCAUGUGUUCCUGCUGGUAAGCAAACUGGAUGGAACAUCCACAGAAGAAAACACGCUGAAAUGGUUUCAGGAGAACUUUGGAGAAGAUGCAGUAAAACACACCAUCAUUCUGUUCACUCAUGUAGAUCAGUUGAAAGGCAAAACAUUAAAUGAACAUAUCAGAACGAGAUCAGAUCUACAAGAACUGACUGACAGCUGUGGUGGAAGAUGUCACUCGUUUAAUAAUAAAGAUAUGAAGAACCGCUCACAGGUCACACAACUGCUGGAGAAGAUAAAAAAUAUGGUGGAAGAGAAUGGAGGCGAUCACUACACCAAUGAGAUGUUCCAGGAGUCUCAAAGGAAGAUUCAUUUAAAGAUAUUUUGGUCACUGAAACCCAGUAUUGUGCUGCUGGGUAAAAGUGGAUCAGGAAAAACAGCUUUAAGAAAAAUCAUUCUGAGACAAGAGGGUAAUUCACCAAAUUCAGCAACUAAAACUUGUGAAGAACACGAUGCAAAUUUGGAUGGAAAGAACAUCAGAAUAAUUGACACUCCAGGGAAUUUUGAAACAGCAGAAAAGCUGAGGUCUGAGAUCGAGAAGGUUUUCAACAUGUCUGAUCCUGGUCCUCAUGUGUUUCUGCUGGUCAUCAGACUGGGUGUGGGAAUCACAGAGAAGGAUAAAAACACAUUGAGAUGCAUUCAGGAGAACAUUAUUGAAGAUGCUGCGCCCUACACCAUCAUUCUGUUCACUCACGCUGACCACCUGAGGGAUAAAACAGUAGAAGAGUGUAUCACAGGGAGAUCAGAUCUACAGGCACUGGUGAACAGAUGUGGUGGCAGAUAUCUCUCAUUCAACGAUACAGACAGAGAAAAUCAACAUCAGGUCACAGAGCUGCUGCAGAAGAUUGAAACAUUGGCAGAGAGAAAUAAAUGGAAGUACUUUACAAAAGAUAAUUUAAUAGAAUUCAUGAAAAGUAAGACAGAAUUAGAAAAGUUUACAGCUAAACUGGGAGGUUUUGGGUUAGCAGGUGUGAUAUCAGGAGGUACACUGAUUGGAGUAACAGAGUUGGUUGCGGCACCAGCAGUCGCAGUUGGAGCAGGUGUAGUUGCACUUGGAGCUGCUGCGUAUGCUUACAGAGAGAGUAUGCCGUCAAGUAAAAAAAUUGCUUGGGAUAAUUUUGUUUAUGAGUGUAAUACAGGGCUUUGCUCGGGUGCGACCUCACCUAAUUCAUCUGAUCUCAGGAUCGCGUUGUUGGGGAAGAACGGAGCUGAAAUAAGUUCUGCAGGAAACAGAAUUCUGGGCAGAAAAGCAUUUAAAGAGAAGAGCAUAGUGAGUGAAGUACAGAGAGGACGAGUAGAAGAUAGAAACAUCUCAGUUAUUGACACUCCAGGAUUCUUCAACACUGAAGUGACUGAUGAAGAUCUACAGAAUGAAAUGAUGAAGAGUCUUUCUCUCUCUUAUCCUGGUCCUCAUGUCUUCUUGGUGAUAGUCAGACCAGACACAUUCACAGAAAAUGAUGUGAAAAAGAUCACACAGAAACUUGAGGAAAACUUUGGAGUACAAGUGUUUAGGUUCACUCGAGUGCUGUUUAUUAGAGAAAACAUGUCAAACAGAGACUGGAUAGAGUUUUCACUCACUAGAAAUUUUAAGGAACUGAUCAGCCAUUUUAAAAGUAAAUAUUAUGUGAUAAACAGUGAAAGUGAGACAAUAACAAGACUUAUUGAAAAGAUUAAUGACAUGGUCAAACAGAAUGACAACCAGCAUUACAUCAUUGACAAUUACGUCAAGUUUAUACCAAAGAUAAAACAAGAGGAGGAGGAGAAAGUUCAGGUGAUGCAAAAAGACCUCAGACUCUCGUGGACACCACCGGUAACAUCACCUGUGACCAGACAGCAGGCAAAUCAACCUCAGCCAAAACCUCGAGAACGCAUACUCCCAUUGACACCAACGGAAAUAUCACCUGUGCAUGAAAAGCAUGAAAAUAAAGCCUUUGGUGUAGAUCAUCAACCUCAGACAAGACUUCAAGACCUCAGACUCCCAUUGACACCACCGGUAACAUCACCUGUGCAUGAAAAGCAUGAAAAUAAAGCCUUUGGUGUAAUUCAUCAACCUCAUACAAAAGCUCAAGAUCUCAGGAUUGUUAUGUUCGGCACAUCUGGAAAUGGAAAGAGUGCAACAGGAAACUCCAUCCUGGGAAUCGAUCUGUUUAAAGUAGAAAUGUCUUGUGAAUCUGUCACCACGCUGUCUGAAACACAUCAGAACACAGUAGAUGGCAGAAACAUCUCCGUGACCGACAAUCCGGGACUGUUUGACACAUCAAUGACUACAGAGCAUCUGAACUGUGAGAUUGUGAAAUGUCUUUACAUGUCAGCUCCUGGUCCUCAUGUGUUUCUGCUGAUCAUCAGACUAGAUGUGAAAUUCACAGAGGAGAUGAAUGACACGGUGAAAUGGAUUCAGGAGGUCUUUUCAAAAGACGCGAUAAACUACACUAUGGUUCUGUUCACUCGAGGAGAUCAGCUGGACGAACCCAUAGAAGAUUUCCUGAAGAGAAACAAACAGCUGAAAGAUCUGGUCGAUCAGUGUGAAGCUGGAUAUCAUGUUUUUAACAACAGAGACAGAAGUCAAAGACAGGUUACUGAACUGUUCGAGAAGAUAGACAGACUGGUGGAGAGGAACGGAGGAGAACACUACACCAAUGAACUGUACCAGGAAGCUCAGAGAAAAAUAAACAAAGAGCAGGAGAGAAAGAAAGAACACAGAAAGAGUGAAAAACAGAGAAAUACAGAAGAGCAGAGAUACAGAGAAGAGGAGAGAUACAGAGAAGAGGAACUGAGAAACCUGGAGAAAGAACUGAGAAACAGAGAGGAACAGGUGAAAAACAGAGAACAACAACUGAGACAGAAAGAGGAAGAGCAGAGAAAAAGAGAGGAAGAAGAGAAACUGAGAAGGAUAAGAGCAGAAACAAGAGCAAAUGAGUUGAAUCAAGAGGAUCCAGCUGCUAGCCCAGGUGUGGAUGCUGUGAGCGACAGGGGUAGCUUUGUACACAGACAUUUUUUUCUUGGAAACUUUUAGUAUUAUUUUAUAGCGCUGUUAAGUACAUCUGGGAAAUCAUCAGUUGUGAAAACUGGUACUUUCACUAGUUUGAAACCAAAUCUGAUGUUUUCAUUUACAAACAUCUGACCAGCAGAUGUCGCAAACGAGCAGCGAUUCAUUCAUUGGCAAAACUGUGAACAGAUUCAGUUGAAGACACUUUUCACCACAGUUUUGUACUAGUGCGCCGAAAUAAUGAACUAUUAACUGAUGUUUACACAUCUGCACUUUUUCUAAUGAAGCAAGGGAUAAUUCUCAUAAACAGGUGAUUGAAUUUUCACAUGCAUCUGUUUCCAGUCAUCAUCAUAAACAUAUACCUGAUGCUUUUCUUGUAAAUCAAUGAUGCUCCAAAAGGGGAGUGCCAGAUAUUUUCAAUUAUGGUGUACCAGUUUUUUUUUAUCUGAGGCGCUUAUGAAUGUGGGUUUGU